AGCUGUGCUUUCUGAACAUUUCACACUAGUUUAUGGACAGGUUUGCAGCAUUAAAUUUAAAUUAGGGUGAUUGAGUCCAAACAUUAUAGUAAUAUGGAGCGCUGGUCGAAUCGUGUGGCCAUUGUCACUGGAGCUAGCUCUGGCAUUGGAGCUUUGGUUGCCAAGCUUUUGGUCGAGAAUGGUUUGAAAGUGGUUGGAGUGGCUCGCCGCGUGGAAAGAGUUAAACAAUUAGCUUCCGAGUUGAAAGGAGCGAAAGGAGAACUGCACCCCGUGCAGGGUGACGUUAGCGUUGAAGAGGACGUGAAGAGAGUGGUCCAAUGGACGAGGGAAAAUCUCGGUGGCGCCGACAUCCUCGUCAACAAUGCCGGUGUUAACAGAUAUGGAAAACUUAGCGAGCAGAGCAGCGAUGAUGUUAAAAAAAUCUUUGACACAAACGUGAUUGCUUUAACAGUUUUCACGAGGGAGGUCGUCCAAGACAUGAAGUCCAGAGGAAUUUCUGACGGACACAUUUUUAACAUCAAUAGCAUUUGCGGCCACUAUGUUUCGGAAUAUCCCACUGGCUAUAUUUACACGGCAAGCAAGCACGCUGUUACUGUGCUGACAGAGGGCCUGCGCAGGGAGCUCAGAGAUAUGCAGACCAAGAUCAGGGUCACGAGCAUCAGCCCAGGGUUGGUAAAAACGGAGAUAAGCGUCGCAUCAGGUCUUUCUGAAGAAGUAGCAGCAAAGAAAUACGAGGAAAAUCCAUGUCUUCUACCAGAAGACAUUGCACAGGCGCUUUUGUACGCGUUGCAGGCACCACCUCACGUUCAAGUUCACGAGAUUAUUAUUCGUGCUACAGGAGAAUUCAUCCUUUAAUCACGCUAUAAUGGUUUAAAUAAACAUCAACUUCCGAAUGCA